UACAGAGAGAAACGGUGGAACAUUCACUGAACCGAAGGAUGUAAAGAGUAGAGAAAACUGGAGAGUUUAUCAUGAUUUAACUCAAAAAGGGUCUAUAGUUUCUUCUUGUCCAGUUGGUACUGUCUUGUUUCUUGUUUUUUUUUUUGUUUUGGAUUGAGAUGAUGGAUGGUGAUCAAGAUAACACUCUCCAACAUGGCUCCCGACAAGAUAUUUCUCCUGCUACUAUGAAUGGAGUUUCUGCUGAGACUACUGAAGAGAUAUCACCAAGCCAACAUGAAAGAUGGAGAGACCUUGUGUUUGAUAUACAGCUGAGAGCACAAGAAGACGCUCAUGACGAUUUCUUGAGAGCCAAUGAAUCCUUCCCUCCUUAUACUCCAAGUCCUGCGUCCAAAAGGUUCAACUUCUCUCCCAUGGCAAGUCCUAGAAUCGGGAGACGCGUUGGUUCCAUGAGUCCUUCCUCCUCAAGAAGGACUACUCUCAAGAAUGUCUUUAACUUCAAAGGGCAGAACAACAAUGCAGAUAUUGAGGAAGGUGUGGCAUUGGUGUAUGAGGGCAGAGAUAAGUAUAAUAUUCCAAGAACAUGGUCUCUCACUAAUAUCUUAACUCCUAAAAGAUCCAAGAAGACAGAGUCUUUACCUGUUACCCCUUUAGCUCAUUAAAAUCCUGAGUCCAUGCAUGGGAGAUAUGCAGUUGAUCGAGUUACAUCCAUGAAAAGAGAGCGGACACUGCCUAUUCGCCGCACACGUUCUGUCCCAACGCUCAUCGACAAAUAUGGCAAUGUGAAGCCCGUAGGGGUUUUCCGUGUGAUUCCUACUCCUUCUCGUGUGGAUACAGAGAGUCUAGAGUUGAUGCAUGAACGUCACGAUGGUGGAGAAGAUGUUUCUGAAGAGGAAGCUGUGUGCAGAAUCUGCAUGGUUGAGUUAGGACAAGAUUCAGAAGCUUUCAAGAUGGAAUGCAUGUGCAAAGGAGAACUAGCUCUUGCCCACAAAGACUGCACUAUCAAAUGGUUCACAAUCAAAGGGAACAUAACAUGUGAUGUGUGCAAGCAAGAGGUGAAAAAUCUCCCUGUGACACUUCUCCGUGUGGAAGAUGAUUCUCAGGACCUGUCUAGUGGAGCAGAGCAUACAGAGAGUAACCAAGGGAAAGAUGUGCCGAUUCUUGUCACGGUUAGCAUGCUUGCAUACUUCUGUUUCCUUGAGCAGCUUCUGGUGAUGGAUAUGAAAUCGAGUGCCGUUGCAGUAGCUUUAACAUUCGCUUGCAUUAUUGGUCUUCUUGGAUCAGCGACAUCCACAACAAUGGGUAAUAAUAUUUAAGAGUUCUUGAACUCUUUUUUCGAAAUUAAUAUUGUUAUUCAUUAACCUUUGAAAAGAUGAUUUUUGGUGCAUGCAGUGAAGGGGAAGUAUGUGUGGAUCUUUGCAACCAUUCAGUACAGUAUCGUGGUCCUUUUCGGUCAUGUUUUCUACUCAAAAUUUGAUGUAAUGUCUCAUUCAGAUAGUUUUUUUCUCUUUUUUUUAAAGUGACCUUGUUAAAAGCUUUGGUUCUCACAAACUCUCAUUAACUGGUAUGGUAGCAGCCGGUUACGUGCAUUGUCAUAGCCACUGUGGUCGGAUUUGGACUCACCAUGUCCGGCGCAGCAGUUAUUACCAUGUUUAUGGAAUGGAGGAGAAGCCAUGCUCAUCACCAGCCAGCAAUCACUCAGGUGGCUACACCACCGUUUCAGACAAUAGAGUAGGAGAUUCUAAAUGAGAUUGAAAACUAUAAACUUUUGUUGUAAGUUGAGACUGUGCUAUCAUGUGUUAUAUUUGUUUUGAUUCUAAAUGAGAUGAACGUUAGUGUAUGAAAGUUUGGAUAUUUCACACAUUUGUUAGACAAAAUUUAAGGUGAAAAUACAUUAAACGAUGGUUAAAUACUAAUAAUAUAUUCAGUAAAUAAUUAUGAAUAAUUAUAUAAUACCCUGUAGUCAGAAUUCAAAAUACACGUUUCGCGGUCUGUUGUGACUUCCUCGUAUAACAGAGAAAGGACUCCACUUUUGAACCCUCUAAAAUACAUGUUUAUUCCAAACAAGUUUUAAUAGUGGUUUUUUACUUUUAAUGUUUAUUAAAUAGUUAUCUUUUGAGAAACUCACACGUACGUAAACGGGAUCGUACGUCGGUCCAUGCAAAUAACUAGUCACUCACGUAAUCGUUAAGUGUACGUUUCAUAUUAGUUAUGAGGUUUUUGCCAUAUUUGUUCGGCUAAUUAUGUUGUGUACAUAAUCAUAUAUAUAUACACAUCACACGUAAGAAAAUCCUUUAUAUACGUAUAGUUCUUUCAUUAAAGCAUUCACUAAAUCAUAUCAUACGUAUGUUUCUCUCAGCUAUGAUAUAUGCAUAUGAUUAAGGGAAUUGAUCAGUAGAAGACAUGAAUGGUUACGAUUAGCCUAAUCUGCCCCCACUAGCUUUUGAUUAGUGUUAAAUAAUCCAAACAACUGUAUUCACGAAGGAGCCGAUCGAUAACAUUACAAUCAAUUAAUCAUUUCUGGUCAUGACUAUCCCGAACGAGUGAUUUUUAGCAGAAGAAAAAACUAUAAUUGUUGGUUGCUAUAUCAUCAGCAUUGGAUCAUACUCACUAGAAGAUUCUAACAGAUUGAAAGUGACAAUGUUCUGCAUUAAGUAGGUUGUUAAAGUAUACAAACGCAGUACAUACACCAUACACCGAACACGACUACCAUAUGCAUGCUUUUCUCAUAGACAUGACUCAGCCUUGCAAAAAGGGAAAAAAGAAGAUGUUUUAUCGUGAUGAAAGCUGUGCUUUCUUGCAAAACAUGCUUUGCUCCUCGUUAAAUAAGUAAAUUCACUUCAAAUUUCAUUAGAUACCAACAAACAACCAAAACAAACACAAAAGAAAAAUACAAUUUCUCUCUGUUUUUUCUGUCAUGGCUGCUGAUAAACUCGGAGAUGAAUGGAUCAGCCUAGUAAUCUACAUCAGCAUUCCAUUGUGUUGCUUUCUGCUUACUGUAGCAUUCCAAUGCUGCUGUAACAGCCAGGACCGUAGGGUUCACCCUGCUCCCCCAGAGGAUGAAGAAGAAGAAGGCCAUAUUUAACACAGGUUCUUCAGGUCCUUAGAUCCAUUACAUACAAUAUAUAUAAUAAUACUCUUAUGUAUUGGACCGAUAUGCUUACCGAAAGUGAAGGAUAUAGAGAUAUCUGAACCAGAGUCGACACCGAGAAGAGCUGGAGCGGAUUAAUUGGGCUUUAAGCGCUCAAAUGCAUCAGUGGUCCGAUCUUUUUAGUAUAUUUUCUUAGGAGCCCAAGUUUGUCAAACUAUAGUAUCUUUAUUAAUAUGUAUUGGAAUGUCAAUCUAGCCUUAUUACCCAAACAAGGUUUGAAACUUUGAACACAUGGUUGCACGUGUGGCUGCGCGACCAAGUAAUUUUGAAAAAGUCAGAAUGUCCUUAUAAGUAUAUGAAUUUUGUCUUUUAUUAACAAAAUAAGUUGUUAAAUUUCUUUUCAAGAUUGUUGACAUGGUUAUUUUUUUUCUAACUUGUUGGCAUGGUUAUAUCAACUUAGGCUGGAAGAAUUAAAAUCUAAAAAAUUAUGUAUUCACAAAAAAAAUAGAUUUUGUGGGGAAUUUGGCUGCUUAUACAUAUAUAUAUAUAUAUAAACCAAUAGAUACAGACUAUAUGAGUAAAAUAAAGAAAUAAAUAAGUAUAACCGAACUUUUUAAAAGAAAAGUUAAUAGUGGGAGAUU